AUGGCUUCUGAUGACGAUGCUGACUUCUUACUGGAAGAGAGCUUUCAUUCCUCCAGCAUUAAUCAUAAGAAGUCGUCUCCUCUAGCUACGUCAACCAAUAAGAUAAACGGUGGUAGCACUACGCACAAGUCUUCUUCUGCUUCCCACAAAAACUCGUCUGCAUCCGAUCACUACCAGAAACUCAGUCAGUUGGAGCAUAUUUUGAAAAGACCUGAUAGUUAUAUUGGAUCUAUCGAAAAGUUUGAAUCUGAACAAUGGGUUUACAACUCCGAGACUGAAGCCAUGGAGUUCAAGAAGGUUAACAUUGUUCCUGGUCUAUUUAAAAUUUUCGAUGAGAUUUUGGUCAAUGCAGCGGAUAACAAGAUCAGAGACUCCUCUAUGAAAAAGAUCGAUGUUAAAAUUGAUGCUGAAAAGAACAUAUUCUCCGUGAAGAAUGACGGAAGGGGCAUUCCAGUGGAAAUUCACACCAAGGAGAACAUGUACAUUCCGCAAAUGAUCUUUGGUAAUCUUCUCACCUCCAGUAAUUAUAACGAUAAAGAAAAGAAGGUAACUGGAGGUCGUAAUGGUUAUGGUGCCAAGCUUUGUAACAUUUUUUCCACCGAAUUUAUCGUGAAGACUGCUGAUAAGUCCAAUGGAAAGACAUAUACCCAAUCCUGGCAUAAUAAUAUGUCUAUUGUGGAUAAGCCGGUUAUUAAACCAAUGAAGAACAAAACUGAAUAUACUGAAAUCAUUUUCAAGCCUGAUUUGGCUAAAUUUGGCAUGGAUCAUUUGGAUGCUGACAUUUUAGGCAUCCUUCAGCGUCGUGUCUUUGAUGUGUGCGGUUCUGUUCGUGGUAUUCGUGUUAGUCUUAAUGGGAAGACUUUGAGAAUUAACAAUUUCAAACAGUACACCGAGAUGUAUAUAAAAGCACUUGCAGAGGAAAAAAGUAGUAUCUCCAGAAGCUCGUCUGCUCCAAUUAAGAAGGAGUCUUUUGAUGACGACGCUCUGGCAGAGAAAGAUAUUCCGACUGCAGUGGAAAUAGAGAAGCCACCUACGAUUGUUUACCAGUCUCUAAAUGAACGUUGGGAAGUGGCAUUUUCUGUGUCCAACGGCAAUUUUAGUCAAGUGUCCUUCGUGAAUUCGAUUGCCACAACAUCCGGUGGUACCCAUGUUGAUCUUAUUACUAACAUGCUUGUCAAUAAAAUCAUGGAGUAUGUAAAAAAGAAGCACCGUCGUGCUAUGUUGAGACCUUUCCAGGUGAAAAACAAUAUGUUCAUUUUUAUCAAUUGUCUAAUUGAGAAUCCUGCCUUUACUUCGCAAACCAAGGAGCAGCUAACGACUAGACCCUCUCAGUACGGUGGUAAGGAGCUCGAGUUCCCUGAAGCCUUUUUGAAAAAGGUGUAUAAUUCGGGCAUCUUGGAUCAAGUGUUGGAUAUUGCUGAGGCAAAUGCCGAUCGGGCUCUUAAGAAGAUGGAUGGUAGUCGAAAAAAUAGAAUCACUGGAUACCCCAAGUUGGAAGAUGCAAAUAGGGCCGGUACUCGCGAAGGUCAUAAAUGUACUUUGAUCCUUACUGAGGGUGAUUCUGCCUUGACUUUAGCCGUAGCAGGUUUGGCUGUUGUUGGCCGUAACUAUUACGGCUGUUACCCACUACGUGGUAAAAUGUUAAAUGUUCGUGAGGCUAGUUUAGAUCAAAUCAUGAAGAAUCAGGAGAUUCAGGCUAUCAAGCAGAUUAUGGGUCUUCACCAUAAGAAGCGGUAUGAUAGUUCCAACAUUAAGUCUUUGAGAUACGGUCAUCUUAUGAUUAUGACAGAUCAGGAUCAUGAUGGUUCCCAUAUUAAGGGCUUAAUCAUUAACUUCUUGGAGACUUCUUUCUUAGGUCUUUUGGAGAUUCCAAACUUUUUGAUUGAAUUCAUCACUCCUAUUGUCAAGGUAACCAUUUUAAGUGGUGUAAAUAAGAGGAACGUUAUUCCAUUCUAUAACAUGCCGGAAUACGAGAAAUGGCGUGAUGUUGAGGGUAUUGCUUGCUCUUAUAAACAAAAGUAUUACAAAGGUUUAGGUACGUCGACCCCAGGAGAAAUGCGAGAGUAUUUCAGCAAGCUUGAUAAACACUUAAAGAAGUUUCACGCUUUGCAAGAGGGCGAUGCUGUGUUUAUCGAUUUAGCCUUUUCCAAAAAAAAGGCUGAUGAUCGUAAAGAAUGGCUAAGGGCUUAUCAGCCGGGUACAUUCUUGGAUCCAGACUUGCAAGAAAUCCCGAUUUCUGACUUUAUUAACAAGGAGCUCAUUUUAUACUCGAUGGCCGACAAUAUUCGUUCGAUUCCUUCUGUUGUUGAUGGCUUCAAACCUUCUCAAAGAAAGAUCCUCUUUGGAUGCUACAAACGUAACUUAAAAGGAGAAAUCAAGGUUUCUCAGUUGGAAGGCUACAUUGCUGAGCAUACCGGUUAUCAUCAUGGUGAUGUCUCUUUGAUUCAAACCAUUGUGUCGUUGGCACAAGACUUUGUCGGUUCAAACAAUCUGAACUUGCUCUUCCCUCAUGGUGGUUUUGGUUCUCGUGGUGCAGGUGGUAAGGAUGCCGCCGCUGCUAGGUAUAUUUUUACUGAGCUUUCCGACAUUACGAGGAAGGUGUUCAAUCCGUUGGACAAUAAGCUUCUUACGUAUAUGCAGGAUGAUGAACAGACUGUUGAACCAGAUUGGUAUGUACCUGUUAUUCCAAUGGUUCUUGUGAAUGGUGCUGAAGGUAUUGGUUCUGGUUGGAGCACGUCAAUUCCGUCAUAUAAUCCAGAAGAUAUUGUGGAGAAUAUCCGGCGCAUGAUGAAAGGAGAUGAGCCUGAAGAAAUGACGCCCUGGUAUAAAGGCUGGAAGGGUGAAAUCAGAAAGAUUAGUAAGGACAGAUAUCGGAUUGAAGGUACUAUUCAUCAGGUUGAUGAAAGCACGUUGCAUAUCACCGAAUUGCCAGUUAAAAUGUGGACAAUCACUAUGAAAGAGUUUUUGUUGAAAGGGUUGGCCGGUACUGAAAAACAGAAACCUUGGAUCAAGGAUAUGGAGGAGGAUCAUGGUGUCGGCAUUAAGUUCAUUGUGAAAUUAUCUCCCGAAGAAAUGGCCAAGAGUUUAAGGUGUGGGCUUAAGGAGAGAUUCAAGUUGAUCUCCAGUAUCAGCACCAGCAACAUGGUUCUUUUCGAUGCCACAGGCCGGAUUAAGAAAUACGAGAACGCCGAACAAAUCAUAGAAGAUUAUUACCAUGUUAGGCUGGACUAUUAUCAAAGACGUAAGGAUUACAUGGUCACGGAUCUCUCUAAUCAGUUGGAAAAGUUAUCAAGUCAGGCUCGGUUUGUCGAGAUGAUUAUUGAGAAAGAUCUUGUUGUCAAUAACAAGAAACGCCCGGUUAUUGUCAAAGAGUUGCAGAAUAAGGGAUUCCCUGGAUUCGAUAAGAAUAAUGAUCCUGUUAGGGUGAAAGCUGCUGAGAUGGAUUUGGAAACCGAUAAGGAGGGAAGCUCUAAUGGUGAUGACGAUAAUGAUGAUGAUGAUGAUGACGACGAGGAAAUUGUUGCUGCAGCUGAGGAAGAAACAGGUAUGGUUGUUAAUAAUAACCGUAGUGUUACAUCCUUGUAUGACUACUUGUUGGGUAUGCAGAUUUGGUCGUUAACCAGAGAAAGGUACCUGAAAUUGUUGAAGCAGAGAGACGAGAAGGAGUCUGAAUUGACCAUUCUUUUAGGUAAGAGUGCUAAGGACCUCUGGAAUGAGGACUUAGAGGAGUUUGUGACGGCAUGGCACAAGUUCUUGAAGGAGGAUGAGGAUAGGCAAAAAUUAAUGGUUCCGGAUGCUCCGUCUCAAAGUAAAAAGAAACGUAGUCGGAAGCGCAAGGUUAAGACUGAGAAUGAAAGCGCACAAGUCAAAAAGCCCAAGACUUUGAAACAGUCGAAGCUAUCUGUUAAAAAAGAACUUGAUGAUCCUUCAAUUUUAAAAUAUGCUAAGGGAGCCGCCGCAAAGCAGUCAUCUAAGAAAGAGAUGAAAGAGGAGGAAACAUCCACCCCUUUCAAGAGUGUUUUUGGAAAACCUAAGGGUAAAUCGAGCUCUCCGUUUGGUGGUAAGUUUACCGCUGCGUUCUCUGCCUUCAACAGCAGCGAUUCAAUAAAGUUGGAAGAUGACAACGAAUUGGAGAGCACUGCUAUUAAGGAAUCUUCAGAAGAACCUUUGAAGCCUAAAAAACGUGUAAGGGUUAGGAAGAUUGCUAAGAAGGUCGAAGAUGACUUCUUGGAAGAUGAUGAUGACGAUGAAAUUGUCCAGUUGGAUAGUGAUGAGGAUGACAUUGUGUCCUCUGUAAAGCAUGCCAGUAGAAGGGCCAUGACAAAGUCUUAUGCGGUGGAUGCUUCUUUUGAUGAUGAUGAGGUUGUCGCCCUUGCAGACGAUAGCGAUGAAAGCUACCAUGAGUACGAAUGA